GGGGAAGAGGCCGCUGAAGCGAGGCAGGCGGGGCUCGAGUUGCGGUGCGAGAGGGAGGAGGCGACGGCCGCUGGGGCGAGGUGCGAGGCGGAGCGCGCGACGGCUGACUCGAGGAGCGGAUGUAAGUCUGAAUACAGAAAAUGUCCACUGAACGAACUUCUUGGACAAGUUUGUCCACUAUUCAGAAAAUAGCACUGGGCCUCGGGAUCCCAGCCAGUGCAACGGUUGCCUAUAUCCUAUACCGCAGAUACAGGGAAAGCAGAGAAGAGCGGUUGACAUUUGUUGGGGAGGACGACAUUGAGAUAGAGAUGCGAGUUCCCCAGGAGGCUGUGAAGCUCAUCAUUGGCCGGCAAGGAGCCAAUAUUAAACAGUUGCGGAAACAGACAGGUGCUCGGAUUGAUGUGGACACGGAGGAUGUAGGCGAUGAACGGGUGCUGCUUAUCAGUGGGUUUCCUGUUCAGGUGUGCAAGGCCAAAGCAGCCAUCCAUCAGAUCCUGACAGAGAAUACCCCCGUGUCUGAGCAGCUCUCAGUUCCCCAGAGAUCCGUGGGCAGGAUCAUAGGGAGAGGUGGGGAGACCAUUCGUUCUAUCUGUAAGGCCUCUGGAGCCAAGAUUACCUGUGACAAAGAAUCAGAGGGGACAUUGCUACUAUCAAGAUUGAUAAAAAUCUCAGGAACACAAAAGGAAGUGGCAGCAGCCAAGCAUUUGAUACUGGAGAAAGUUUCAGAAGAUGAAGAACUUCGGAAAAGAAUUGCUCAUUCUGCAGAAACCAGAGUCCCACGCAAGCAGCCAAUCAGUGUAAGAAGAGAGGAAGUGACAGAGUCUGGUGGAGCUGGAGAGCCAGCUUUGUGGAAAAACGCUGGUACUGGUGCAGAGCUGGAGCCAGCUACACCACUGGGAGCUCCUCCCCAAAAAGGAGGCGGUGACACGGCUGUUGUAGGGCCAGAAGGUGCUUGGGAGAAACCUAAUGGUGACAGCUUUCAGAAAUCUGGAGCCCAGACCAGUCCAGAGAUGUCCAUGUUUGAAAUCCCCAGCCCUGACUUCAGUUUCCAUGCCGAUGAGUUCCUGGAAGUCUAUGUCUCUGCCUCUGAACAUCCCAACCACUUCUGGAUCCAAAUCAUUGGCUCCCGCAGCCUGCAGCUGGAUAAGCUUGUCAGUGAGAUGACCCAGCACUAUGAGAAUAGUCUACCUGAAGACUUGACUGUGCACGUGGGAGACAUUGUAGCAGCACCUUUACCUACAAAUGGUUCCUGGUAUAGAGCUCGGGUCCUUGGCACCUUGGAGAAUGGGAACCUAGACCUCUACUUCGUUGACUUUGGAGAUAAUGGAGAUUGCCCACUGAAGGACCUCCGGGCACUCAGGAGUGACUUCCUAAGCCUUCCAUUCCAAGCAAUAGAGUGUAGUCUGGCACGGAUCGCCCCCUCAGGUGAACAGUGGGAAGAGGAAGCUUUGGAUGAGUUUGACAGACUCACUCACUGUGCUGACUGGAAGCCCCUGGUGGCCAAGAUCUCCAGCUAUGUCCAGACUGGGAUCUCAACUUGGCCCAAGAUUUACUUAUAUGAUACUAGCAGUGGGAAGAAACUUGAUAUUGGGUUAGAAUUAGUUCGUAAAGGAUACGCAGUUGAGCUCCCGGAAGAUGUGGAAGAAAACAGAGCUGUCCCAGACAUGUUGCAUGACGUGGCCACAGAAACCGAUGUCUCGCUCGGCAGCGUGCUCGCUGAGACCAAGAAGAGCCCUGGAGAGAUAGCAAAUACCCUGUCCUGCCUCAGCUUAUCAGGAUUUGGUGCCUGGAGAGAGGAACCUAUGAUAAAGAGAUCUAUGCAGUCCUUCCUCUGUUACAUACACGAUCUGGCUUGCUGUGGACCAAAUGCUUUCUUUCCGUCUAUUGGACUACCAGAAAGAGUGUGGGGUAGAGGGGGACAAGUACAUGUCCCCACUCCACCUGCCCGACCCCGUCUUCUUCCAGAGUUUGCUUCCAGGCUGCUCAACAUCUGGCUCACUGUUUUCUGCCAGGCAUUGAUCUAUGCUUCCGCAAGGCUGUGUCCUUUUUGAGGCUGGGAAGCAGCCAGGGUUUGGUCAUUGGAAGUGAUGAUUCUGCAGACUUCUGACUCACCUCAUCAGGUGACUGUUAGUUAAAGGAGGUCUUUGGCGAACUCAAAGACUGCAGUUGAGUCAGGAGGCAGAGGCAGAAAUCAGUAUAAUUCUAUUAAAAAGCCUCAGGAAAUGGGAAGAGAACACUGCCUCCCAGCCUUAACUGCUGAUAUGUUAUUGGAGAUAGGUUUUUGAAACAGUUGCUCCAGCUAUUUCCCUGUAAACUUUGGUUAAAAUACAAGUAGGCAAGGAGAGAGCAGCUCAGGAAAUGUUCUAAAGUGCUAGUGUAAUAUCUAUAUGUGUAUGGACAUCCAUAGAGUGAAAGAGAACUUACAUAGCUGUUUGAAUCAUUUGGGGGAUUCUUUGCUGAAUAAAGUUCUCAAGAAAAUUAUCUAAAACUAAAUGUUGGUUGAAUCAAGGUGGAAGCAGGCCUGUGGGUAUCUUCUAAACUUAAACCUGGUAGAAUUUGUCACAUGCUUCACAGGGAUGGCCCAUCUUUGAAACAAGUGUCCUUCUCAUGCACAGAUCCUAUCCUUUCCCUAAAGUUACUUCAGAAUUAACCAUUCACUAAGAACCAGACCAAUUUAGGUUUAGGUUAUAUAAAUAAGAACCCACCGGGGUUUCUGGAUAGCUCAGUCAGUUAAGCGUCUGAUUCUUGAUUUCAGCUCAGGUCAUGAUCUCAGGGUCUUGAGAUCAAGCCCCGCCUCAGGCUC